AAGUUUCCUCGGCGAGCUGCCUGUUAGCCUUGGUUCCCCUUCUGGACUGCAUUACUCUUGUGCGAGUGAGUGAGUGGGGAUUAAUUUUCAUCUUUUUCUGCUACGAUUUUUCUCUUUCUGAGUAAAACACAAAACUCACACCCGCAGUCCCCACAUGGUUUCCGGUACUUCUGCCUUUAGACUCAAUACAGGAAGAGUGGAGAGAGAACAACUGUGUUAACUCGCCUUAAAAGACAGUUUGCAAAGAAAAUUGCCUCGGCCACGUUCCUAACCAGCAACGAAAAUGUCUGAUGUAGAGGAAUGUCUGAGAGGUGCUGAGAGCGAACUUGGGGUGGAGGAAGUUGCCCAAGGCGAGACACCAAGGCUGACAGCACAAUGGAGCGUGGAGGAUGAGGAGGAAGCCGCUAGGGAGCGUCGCCGAAGGGAACGGGAGAGGCAGCUGAGGUCCCAGGCAGAGGAAGGUCUUAGCAGCAGCAGCGCAGCCUCCGAAGGCGGAGUGGCAGAACAAGAAGGCCGCAUUGAUUGUAAGCCUGCCGGGACUUCAGAACUGGAAGAAGAUGAGGGCUUUAGUGACUGGUCACAGAAGCUUGAGCAGCGCAAGCAGAGGUGGGCAGGAGAGGGAGUGCAGGAAGAACAAACAUCCUAUGGUGAAUGGAGAGAAGCCCAGCAGGUGGCACCUGUACACUGUGAAGGGAGGUCACCAAGGCAUUCCUAUGGGGAAGAGGAUGGCAGUCUGACGGGCACAACAGCCAAGCUGGAGCAAGUCCACCUGGAUCGGGAGUCUCCCACUUUCAUCCACUUUGUACCUGGACCUUCAAACUUCCUCAGGUUUGUUUCUGCUUCAGUCUCAGAAGAUCAGAGGGAAGCAGAGCUGGAGGAGCAGCAGCGAAAGCUUAGUGAUGCUGUGGAUGUUGGAGAGGAGAAUCAGGAUGUCAAAGAAGAUCUGCAGAAUUUCACAGAAGACAAUAAGCAGGAAGAAGAGCAAGAAAAGCAGGAGGAAAAGAUAAGACAAUGGAAUAAGGAGGAAGAAGCACCAGAAAAACGGCAAAGAACCCCAAGUGCCUCCAGCCAGGAGGAAGAUGGUCAACCUCCCUUAAGUCCUACAAUAAAGAUCACGGAGAGAACUGAAUCUCUGAACCGUUCCAUACAGAAAAGUAACAGUGUGAAGAAGACCCAGCCGCCUCUCCCAGUUUCGACGAUUGAUGACAAGCUUGAGCAGUACACUCAUGCCAUUGAGACUUCCAGCAAGACUCCCAAGCCCGUGCGCCAGAUUUCCAUUGACCUUCCCACCAACAGUGCAGCCGUGGCCAGCACGAAGACCCUCUGGGAGACGGGGGAAAUGGCCCAGUCUCCAGUGAAGACCACGCCCUGUAAGGAUAUUGUGGCUGGAGACAUUGUGAAUGUGAGAAGCAUUUGGGAGCAGAAAGAGGUCUCAAGUGUAGAUAAAAAUACUAAGGUCAGGCUUCCUGGCAAGAAGUACAAGUAUGUGGCAAUUGGGCAUGGCCAGUACAAAAAGGUGUUGAUAGAAGAUGAGGCAACAGAAAAAUAGCCUACUCAGGCAUCAAACAAACCGCUCUGCUUGGUCUUCGAUGGAUCACCUGAGGCAGUAUUUCUGUGCAACGCUGUUUCCUCUGCUAAAAAAGAACGAUAUUCAAAGGAUGUCUUCCCUGCCUUGCGCAAAAGGGCAGCCUGCUUUCAUGCUAGCUACAGAUUUCUUCACAGAUGGGAGAAUCUCUCCAAGUUAACCUUCAUUUGGACUUGGACAUAACUUCAACUCCUCCUGACAUUUAACUUUUUUUAAAAAACUGUCCCUAGAUUGGCCUUUUGUUCUCUUAAGGAAAUUAACUUGCAUAUUGUUCUGUGCCCUUAAUUUCCAAAUUUUGCACCUAGGCUUGGCUAGGAGAAAUAGGUGGGCCUUUCUGUCUACGCUGUAUAAAUAACCAGGAAGGAACUUUAGUAUACCGUUUUUUGGAGGGGGGGAGUUAUGAGUCAAUUCUAAAGAUCCAUCCAUCAUCAAAAUGGCAAUGGGGGCCAGUACCUCAACUACUGCUUGUAACUUGAUGGCUUUUUUUUAUGGUGGGAGAUGCAUUUCAUCUCAUACUACUGUUCUGAACUUUUAAAGAUUAAAUAAGUAGAAAAUAUAAUAUACGCACCCACAGUUUGGUCCUCUGAAUAAAAAAAAGGUUGCUCAGUCAAAGGAGGAAAGUUUCUACUUUAUGACUGAUGCUCUCAUGGAAGGACUUCUCACAAACUCCCUUGCACUAUUUCAGUUGGGCUGAUCAUCACAUGGCCAAGAAACACUUCAGGAAAUCUGCCCUCUCCCCAUAGGACCCCAAAGUGUUUGCCUGACCUACAACGUGUAUUGCAAAUGUUGGCUUUCCUUGCUUUCUCCUGCCAUAGCUAGUUCAGAUGUGCAAACCCUGAAGCUUCCUUUCUGUAUUCAGGCACAGGGUUCCCUCCUCUUUGGGCAUAACAGUUUAAACUAAGCUGUACUGGAACAUGGAGGUACUGGAACAUGGAGAUCUAGUGCUCUGAGGUAUGGUUUGUGAGUGGGUGUAGGAUGCAGGCCUGAGCCUGAGUUGCGGCCCAGAGCACAUUGGAGACCAAGUGGCCUCUGCCCUCACCACGGAACCAUUUCUGCCUUGAAGGGAGUGCAGUGGUAGUUCUGGCAAAGUUGUUUGUUGUCACGAAGGGCAUCUCCUGGAGCCCAGCCAAACCUUCAAAAAUGGCUGCUAAUGCUUGCAUGGAGAAGCUGACCUCAUGCAAAUAGUCCCAUGCCUUGAAAUAGAUCAAUGCAUCUCUUUACCUGCCAAGUAUUAAAUACUAUUUGCCUUCCCCUAAACCAAAACAAAAUGGGCCACUAUAGCCUGUUUCUGUUCUCCUAAGACUGGAAUAUUGCAUCUCAAGAGCCUAGAUAAUUUCCUGUUUUCUCUUUUCUUUUGCUUUCACCUGCUAGGUUCUGUGUGACCUGGAAUUGUUUUGUAAGCAUUUAAUAAAAUUUCUGAGAAACAAA